UGGAUGAAAAGUAGCUACUACAACUUAAAAUACGUGGAAUAAUGUGUAGUUUUUUAAUGUAAUUUCGUAUAGGAUCUUCUAAGAAUCUUUCAAUAAGUAAUAGGGGUAAUGGCGGCUGUGGAACACACCAGAAUACGAAGCGUUGUUCAGGUACGUAAGCUUGUUUAAGGCUUGUGCAGAGGUCGAAAAUGGGAGAUGUUGUAGUUUGAGUUGUUCGCUUAAAUCUUGAAAGAUUUCAGAAAUCUCUUUUCCGUUGUCCGACGACAAUAGUUCCUUUCCUUUUUUAUAUAUCUUCUAGAUAUAAUUCAGUUUUGUUGAUCACCUAUUUAAGACUUUUUCAAUUGUGAUUUUAAGCUUAUAUGAGUCCAUACAGCUUAUAAAUUUGGUUACUUAGCUAGCUUUUGUAAAUUUGUCUUUAGCUUGCAUGGUCCAAAGAGAAUCAAUAAGGCUUUAACGUAUAUCGUGUUGUCUUUUUAAGUCUGUUAGACAUUCGAAUUCGCCCAUUGGUGGAACUGCUAGGUCUAGAUCUAGAUCAAGAUCAAGAUCACCACAGGAGAGAUAGUAAGAUUUAAUAACCUAAUAACUAAGCAUGCUUAAUAACGUAAGCUUAAAUUAGUAUAGGUAAUAGCAUGAUUUGUAGUGAUAUUUGGUAUAAAUACCACAAGUGAUAUUUCAAAAUUGUUAUGCGUAAUUUCACAGAUCAUUAGGCGAUUGAAAUUUGAGACAAUUUUGAAAUAUCACGAGUGGUAUUUAUGCCAAAUAUCAUGUACAAAUCGUGCUAUUAUUUGUUUAUACUACUACCCACAAAAGGUUUGUAAUUUUCACACGUAGGUAUUUCAAAUUAAGCUGAAAUACCACUGCUCUAAGCCAAUCAAAUUGCGGUAAUUUCUCAUGUAGUAGUAUCUAUUGAAAUCACUUAACUGUUAGGACCUCGAAAGAAAUGGCCAUUUGCAUUGUGUUUUGAAUAGCUUGCGUGACCAUUUCAGGCCAACUGUUUGGUCAUGUGACUUGUAUUCCCUAAUUAGGGAAAGGUUAUAACCAAGUUUCAAAUAGUUCUGAUUUCUGUCGCUCUAUUGGGUCCAAUCUUGUUCGUUACUGAGAAGAGACAGCAGGAAGCCGGAGUGGCCAAUAGUUUCUGUGAUGUAAAUAAAUAAAUUAAUUUAUGCAUCAUUACAAAAUGCUAGAAAUAGGAAAUGUCAGCUGACACCAAACACAUGUUGUGUUUUGCCACAUUUUUGCUUUGGUCUUUGCCAUUGAACUCAACAGCAACACAUACUGAUUUAAGAUAUUUCCAUUGAUCUUUGUGACUUACAUGUACAUUAGCAAAGUUAGGGAUGUGAUGUUACAACAGCAAUGUAUGGGCUUGAAAUUCGUCACGAUGGCUGUCCAGAAACUUCGGUGCAGACUGGAAAAUAAAUUAUUGAUAAUCCAUAUCUGGUUAGUUGAAUGGCAGAAAUAUCCUCACCAUUUUCCAAGUUCUCCAAUGUUUCUCUUUGUAAAUAUUUCAGGUUUUUAACCUUAAAACACUUCCAAUCACAAUCACACACUCCUCAUCUCACAAUACCUUUGCAUCUACCACUUGAAAUCUGCUUCAAAGAAAUUAAUUCAUGUGACGUUCUUGAUUUGAGGAGGCAAUGAUCUGAUUGGUGGAAAUCAACAAAAGUAACCCAUGCAUUUACUUUGGAAAUAAAGAUUCCUUUAUUAACAUUAAUUUUUUAGUUCAAGAGAAGGUCGUGAUAAGAGAAGAAAUAACGAAGACAAGUCUGGAAGUGACUAUGAUAGGUAUGUGUAGAAUUAAGUAGUUAAUGUAAGUUAAGUCAUAGUUAACCCUUUGUCAAUAAUCUUAAUUCUCAUAAAAUUUUUCUCCUCAAUACGUUCUCUGUGGACAUAGAAGUUAUGUGCUCGCCACUGACAAAUCAUGAUAUUUUGCUUAUCUUUGUCCAGUAAUCGUUGUCCAUUGUGCUUCUUGUUGUUUUGCCACUGUAGCAGGAGACGAAGAAGAGAAGAUAAGGAAAACAGAAAUAAAAAAGAAGACGAUAAGGAAGAGGACAGAAGACACCCAAGAAGGACACAACAAAGUGAUAGUGAGGAUGAGAGAAAUUCUGAUAGGAGAAAAGAUCGACACAGAGACCGAGAGAGACACAGAAGAAGAAGAUACAGGAGUGAUGAUGAUGACGAUGAUAGAGAAAGGGAGAGAAGAAGAAGAAAAGACCAUGAUGAUCGUUCUGAAAGAAGGCGGCGCAAUACUCCCUCGGAUGAAGAGAGGGAUCAUAGGAAAAAUAAACGUAGUCCUGUAGAGGAUCAGGAGCGAGGUGAUGCACAUGAUAGGAGCAGAACAAGGGGUGAAGAAGAUCAGAAAGCCGGAGAAAAAGAAGAUAAGACAGAGCAGGGUGUAGAGACUGCUAAAAAGAAGGUGGACCCAAACAAUCCACUUCUGACAAGAACAGGUAGAGAUUCUUGUGGUUAUUUUAUCUCUGUAUUGGCUGAUUAAUAAUGGCACAAAAUUGUAAGAGGACUGAGUUUGUAAUCAUAUGAGUGAUUAACAAAAUCGGACAACCGCGUAGCGGGAGUCCAAUUUGUUUAAUCCCAAGUAUCGACUGAAUUGGAUGACACUAAGUUCUGUUACCAAUUGAUCAUAACUAUAACAAAAUAUUUGUGAUAUUUUAGGCUUUUUUAAACUUUAAACCCGAGAAAUUCCUAGAGUUGUUUUGCUAGCAGUGAAAAAAACCAUUUAAGUGGGCUGGUUUAAAACCCAACCAAACUAGUGUUAUUAAGAGAGGGUGACACUAUUUUAUAAGUGUCCUUCCUGUUACUUUCUCAGGUGUUCAUGUACAUGAACUGUACACUUCUUAAACUCAACCUUAGGUUGAAGAAUAAUAUUAUUGAUAGCUUCACUUUCCCAUGAAAGUGUUUUCUUUGUCCAAAAACUGUUGAAUGUUUUCAGCCAUAUCAUAAGUUUGACUCUUGAAUCUUUUUGCUUGGUAUAUUUUUGUGAUCUUUAUUGCGCUAUUAAUUUUUCAGGAGGUGCAUAUAUUCCCCCAGCAAGACUCAAAAUGAUGCAACAGAGUAUUGAGGACAAGAGUAGGUGAGUAUUUAGGAUUUGAAAUGGUUAAGACAGAAUCCAUUAGGAAAUUGAGUAAUUUUAAUUUUCAGUGGACGCAAGAAUUGUGAAAGCACAGGUAAAAUUCUGAAGAUUUCAUGUGUAGGAUGUGAUUUUGUGAAAUUUGACAUCUAUUUUCUCGGGCUCUGAUGAUAAAUUUUCUUUGGUGUUAUUACAAACAACUAAUUACAUCUAUAACCCUAAAAAAUGGGAUAUUGUUUAAAUUAUUCUGGUGCAAGGUUUUGUCCACUGAAAAUUAAAAUGGCUCAAUUUCCUUAUGGAUUUUAUCUUAAAUUAUUAACCUAGCACCUUUAAUUGGGUUGCCAUGAUCAUCAUCAUACAGUUCAGGUUUUCUGCAGUUAUUGGAACAUAGGACACCAUUGAAUGUUCUCGUUUUGGGCUUGCUUUUCCCAAAUUCCUACCAAAAUUUGAUAUCAUUAAAGAAUAGUUUGGCUGAGUCCUUCCUUAGCCCUGCAAAAUGUUUGAAUCUCUUGGCUGGGUUGUUAGCCAACAUAGUUUUAUGAGGUUGUGUGGAUGUUUGCUCCCUAGCUCAACAGGCAACCUGGAGGGUCAAGGGCAGUUGUUUGUUUGGUCUUUAUCCCUCAACCAUUAUUCCUGGUGCUUUUCAAUUCAAGGGUUUGGCCUGCCAAUUUGGUUUGGUAAUUUUUAAACAAAACCUCUCAUAUGUGACGAGUUCUUUGGCACUCAAUCACUUAAUUAUGUCUGGUGUCCAUUUUAUAAACUUAGGUCACCAAAAUUGGUUCUUUGCUAAAAGUUGAGCUUGCUGUACUGGUUUUACCAACAGAAAAAAUGUAUUAAAAGGACCAUUUAGCGCUUUACCGGCCCUCUUGUCCAUAUUUUAAUACAGGGUGUCAUUUAAAUCUAGGUUAACCUAAUACAGGUUUCACUGACAACUAGCCGAUACACUGUAUGUCUGCAUGUACACUAAUAAUAACUGUUUUUCAAAAAGUUAAUUGUGACAUACCCGUACAUGUAUUUAGUGUUCAUCAAUUUUUUUUCAGUGAAGCUUAUCAGAGACUCAGUUGGGAAGCAUUAAAGAAAAGCAUCAAUGGUCUUGUUAACAAGGUUAGUGCUAAACUGUAUUUUUAAACAGUAAGAUAAGAUAAAGGUACACAUGAGCCAAGAGGCUCUGUCCAUAUCUCUGGAACUUUUCCUGGUUUACAAGUGUAGUGUGGAACUUGCUUUUCCCCAGUUGCCUCUUGUACUCCAUCAUCAGUAUGCAGUUUUGUCUUAAUAAUUAGAUUUACUCAGGGCUUCAAUUUCAUUAAGAGCCGGGGACCAGGGUUUUCCUAACUACAGUACGUGGUUCCUGGCUACUUUCAGACGAAAAAAGAAGAAAAAUAGAACCAAAAGAAAUCCCUAGCUGUUUGAUUCCCCGCCUACUUGUUGUAUUUAACAGGCAACUUGAAAUCUUAGUGACAGCUCUGUUUACUCAAGUAUUAUGAUUCCUAGUUUUGAUGAUUAUUUGAUAGACUCAACUGGUUCUGAAUUUUUUUAUUGUUAUUGUAGGUUAACACAUCAAAUAUUGGUAACAUUGUAAGAGAGCUUUUCCAGGAGAACAUUGUACGAGGAAGGUAGGGAUUGAGCAUAAAAUAAUAAAAUGAUUGAUAAUUAAUAAAAUAAUAUUAUUUUCCAGCAAGUUAUUAAGUUCUCUGUUACAUCCAUGCAAGUGAUUCAAUAUUCAGUCACAAAAUGGAUGCUCAAACCACACAUGAUAUUACAAUGAAUAUUGGGUAUUUAAUUUAAAUUAAAAUGGUAACUGCGGGAUGAUUUUUUAGAGCUUGACUGACAAGUAGUUAUAUAAUGUCUUUUUUGGAAUGUUAAUGACUGCACAAAUCAUGCCAGCAUUUACUCUAAUCUACAAGGGAUUUUGUUCUUGGUUUUGUUGCAGAGGUGUGCUUUGUCAGUCAAUCAUGCGAGCUCAAGCAGCUUCUCCAACAUUCACUCAUGUUUAUGCCGCACUUGUUGCCAUCCUCAACACAAAGGUUUGUCUGUGCUAAAAAAAAAUUAGUAGUAAGUCUUUGUUGUACAUUCAAAAAUAGUAAAUGAGUCCACAUUUAACUCUGCCAAUUUUUUUUUUGAACAGUUUCCAAAAAAUGGAGAACUUCUUCUUCGACGUCUGAUUCUGCUGUUUCGACGAGCGUACAGAAGAAAUGAUAAGGUGCUCUUAUGUUCUUUUCUCUAUUUACAACAUACAAACUGUACAACUUUACAUGUAAACUUGUCUUGAAUGUGAUUUCAUGUAACUGUUGAAGUUUCAAGUUCAAAGAGGAAAAGUUCAUACAAUGUAUAAGAUGGCAUGCAUUGUGACUAGGAAAAUAUUGUAGAAUGUUCCGAUGGAACACUUCUGUUCUGCUUAGAAGCUGUCGAAGAAUACAGAGGAAGCACUAACCAAAACAAACAAUCAAACAAAAAAUAAAUGUUUCUUGUAAAUCCACUGUUAUGGCUUGUGUUUCUACGACACUUUGACAAUGUUAUCAUCCAUAAUUACUUGUACGGUACAUGCAGUGUAACAGUUGCUUAAAAACCAAGAUGGCUAGAUUAGAUUAUUGUUAUGCAGCACUUCAACCUGUCUCGUUAUCUCUUAUCAUGCUUUUAUUUGUGCCCUGCAUGUAGGCUGUUUGUUUAUCUUCCACAAGGUUCAUUGCUCAUCUUGUCAAUCAGCAAGUGGUGAGUACUCGUCUGGGUGUUUCUUUUUAUUACGAUUAUUAUUAAUUUAUUUAUUUUAUAUUUUCAUAAAUUUAUUUUUUUUACUAUAUAUUUUUAACGUUUUCAGAAAUAUUACAGUGUAUUUUAAAUGUAGCUGGCUUUAGUUCUCCCAUAGUUGUCAGUUGUCAGUGUAUGUUCUACACUACAGUAUCUAUUCGUUGCUGAUUUUGCUUUUGUUUUUUACCAAAGAAUCCAAUUAAUAGCAGAUCAUUAUAAGUUUCUGGGAACUGCCCACCUACCCCUCCCCUAAACUAACAUUUUGCCCUAAGUGAGAAGUAAGUGUUAAUGGGGAGGGGUAGGUGGGCAGUUUCCCAGAAACAUAUAACAAUCCACUAGCCUACAUGUGUCAGAGUUACUAGUCAGAGGCAGUGAUUUUUGAUUGCUUCCAGUUAUUUUUUUAGAAAAAUGGCUCCUCCAACUUCAUCAGCUUAGUCUUCAAAUCAGGCAUUAUUCUAUAAAUACAUUUUUUUGCAGGCACAUGAGAUCUUAGCCCUGGAGAUUCUGACCUUGCUUCUCCACAAACCCACAGAUGACAGUGUGGAGGUUGCGGUGAGUUCUACAGUGUAUCCAUUGGAAUACUAAGUUUUUGAGCCACAGAUUUGUCAAACCUAUAAUUUUUUAAACCGAAACUGAUUUUGUAACCCUCAGUUUUUUCCAUUAGAUUGAAGAGCAGGGUGUUCACUAGGUAUCAGAGAUCGAAGAAUUCUCUGUUUACUAUGAAAAAUUCUUCAGCUGAUGCUUCGGUAUCCUGUGACUAUUUUUUAUUCAGACGAGGAAACUCUUUCAAAAUAUUCUCGUGUAACGUUACACCUUUCUCCUGCUACUAGAAUUCUAAAUGAAAACCCUAAUAAUAGUGUUAUUAAGAUUUUAGUUAAACAACAUAGAUUUUAUUAUCUAUUAAAAGGCCAGCAGUCUCUUGGACAACAGAAGGUUGAAAUUUAUUAUUUUAAGCUGAAAAAUGUUAUAUUUAAUUUUAUAGAUUGGAUUCUUAAAAGAAGUUGGUAUGAAGCUGACAGAAGUCUCAUCCAGCGGUGUUCAUGGUAUGUUCACUAAAAUAAUAUUACAAUGUCAAUACAUUCUGAGCAAUCAAAUAAAAAAAAUAGCAUAUUCAGUUACACUGUCUGUAACACAAUAAAAUAACUGAUAACUAAUUAAUCCUUGUGGUAUAAUGCAUGAACUCAGAAGAAGAAUGAUACAUUUUUGACCCUCUAAUUUAAUUUUAGGGGAAUCAAACAGGGCUAAAAAAGGCUCUCUCUUAAUUAACAAUCAGUUUCUUAAUUCUCUAAAUCACAUCUGCUUUUGUGUCAUCUGUAGUUACACUGUAGAAUUUGCAGUUAACUUACUCAGCAUUCAUGGUUAGACCAUGAAGGUGUUGCUGUUGAUUUAAUCGUGUGUUAUUGCUUUCUAUAUAGCUGUCUUUGAAAGGCUUCGGAACAUUCUUCACAGUGCGGAAAUUGACAAGAGGGUCCAGUACAUGAUUGAAGUGAUGUUUGCCAUCAGAAAAGAUGGAUUCAAGGUACAUAAUUAUGUUACUUUCCUUUCGAAUUGAAAUUUAUCGAAUGAAUCAAAUUUUGAACAAUGGAUCAAUAAAAGUGAACAUGAUCUUCGCAGUAGAAUGAACGACCUAAGUGGUUGAAAAUUCAGGCGUUCUCCCCUCAACCUGAAUUUUUUACAUAUCAUUCAUGAUAAAUCAAGAUGUUCAAUUUUGUGUAUUUUAAACAGGAUCAUGUCGCUGUUCCAGCCGAACUGGAUCUUGUGGAGGAGGAAGAUCAAAUUACACAUCUACUGCGGCUGGAAGAAGCUGGAAACACAGAAGAUAUUCUAAGUAAGUCAGAUGUAAAAUUUAAUAAUUCUCUUCUGUAACUGACUUUGAACUUUUAGGAUUCUUGCACUGAUUUUAAUGUUUGUAUUAAUGUUGGUGCUAAUAAUUAUCACUUGCUUGUAUGCAGAUAUAUUCAAGUUUGACCCAGAUUUCCUGGAAAAUGAAGAUAAAUACAAGGAAAUAAAAAAAGGCAAGUAUUCAUUAAUAAUUCAUGUUUUACUGCAGCCGUCAGUUUUUGUCUAGCACUUUUAAAGAAGAUUAGCAUCUUUAAUAAUAACUGUCCAGCUGCUUUUUAGCAAAAAAGUUGUGGGUCUCCAAAAAUUUUGAACUUGGAGUAUCAAACAUUUUACUGCAAGGUUUAGAGUUUUCCAACAGGUUUUCAGAAAGUCCUGGUUUUGCUUUCUUACACUUCUACAAUAAUAUUAUUUUAUUUAAUGAUUUCUUUUUCAUUUCUGUUGUUUUUGCUUCACAGACAUUCUUGGUGAAGGUGACUCAGGCGAAUCGUCAGAUGAUGAUGAUGACGAGGAUGAUGAUGAAGAUGAGGAUGAUGAUGAAAACAAAGGCAUGUUUUUUUUUUUUCAAAACCUUCUCAAUGCUCAGAGCAGGUUAUGUAGAAAUGGUGGUCACUCUGUUAGAACUGGUGGCGUUUAUUUCUAAUAAAAUGAAAUAUAUCUUUUUUUUUUCCAACAGAAGAUGAGAAGAUGGAAAUUAUUGAUCACACUGAAACAAACCUUGUUGCUUUGCGAAGGACAAUAUAUCUCACAAUUCAGUCCAGGUACUGUAUACAUGUCGCAAAAUUAAUACCCAUAUAGAAAAUUUGGAUAACAAUUGACAAGUAAUAGCAACAAUAUGUAUCAACAAACUCAAAUGGCCUUCUGGCUUUACUGGUAAACUCCAUUUUGUGUCUUCUGUUGUUAAACAACAAAGAUUUCACACAUUGCUUGUUCCAGUGUAUCUAAUUUUUUGUACAGGUUCGGACUUUUUGAAAAAAAAAAAUGAAGUUGAGAAUGCUUAAAUCAGGGGAUUUAAUGCUCUUUUUUCAUGUUUACCUGUUAAAAUCGCGAAAAUAAAACCCCACAAAAUACUGUCUUGCCAAAAUCAUGAAAUUAAGUACCGAUAGGGUAACUAUUAUUUAAAAUUUGAUAUUUUUGGGGUAAAGAAUAAAUCUGUCAUAGCCUGCAUGAUGUGGAUUUGAUGGAGAAAAGGGGAAUACUGGUACACAAGAACUUGAGGGGCACUAACUGGUUCCCCUCCCUUUCGAAUGCCCGCCAUGUCUGCUAUACCCUGUAUCUGUAGUAGCUAGGACAGUGUUCUUGUUGAAGUGAUUGUGAAGGAUCUGUUUUUUGUUCUUAAUACUUCUCAUUAUUUCAGUUUGGAUUUCGAAGAAUGUGCUCACAAGCUUUUAAAAAUGCAAAUUAAGGAUGAGCAAUUGGUGAGUUACUGUACAAUACAUGGACAGUUAGUAAUGGUAACAGGACUGAGUGGAGACCAAUUCGGUCUGUAAUCAUACGAGUGAUUAACAAACGCGGGAGUCNCACAAAAUACUGUCUUGCCAAAAUCAUGAAAUUAAGUACCGAUAGGGUAACUAUUAUUUAAAAUUUGAUAUUUUUGGGGUAAAGAAUAAAUCUGUCAUAGCCUGCAUGAUGUGGAUUUGAUGGAGAAAAGGGGAAUACUGGUACACAAGAACUUGAGGGGCACUAACUGGUUCCCCUCCCUUUCGAAUGCCCGCCAUGUCUGCUAUACCCUGUAUCUGUAGUAGCUAGGACAGUGUUCUUGUUGAAGUGAUUGUGAAGGAUCUGUUUUUUGUUCUUAAUACUUCUCAUUAUUUCAGUUUGGAUUUCGAAGAAUGUGCUCACAAGCUUUUAAAAAUGCAAAUUAAGGAUGAGCAAUUGGUGAGUUACUGUACAAUACAUGGACAGUUAGUAAUGGUAACAGGACUGAGUGGAGACCAAUUCGGUCUGUAAUCAUACGAGUGAUUAACAAACGCGGGAGUCCAAUUUGUGUAAUCACAAGUAUGAUUUCAGACUGAAUUGGACUCCACUCAUGCCUUUUACCAAUUAAUCAUAGCUUCAACAAAAUUAAAAUUUUGUGAUAUAAGGCUCCUUUUUAAAUCAAAACUGAAGAAAUUCCGAUUUUGUUUUGCCAGCAGUGAAAAAUGCCAUUAAUUUUAAGCACGUGCAUGAUGGCACGUACUGUCCAAUUACUUUGCAUGACGCAUACUGUCCUUCCUAUUAAUUGUCCUAUUAAGGCUGAAAUCAGGGCAGUUGAUAGCUAAUCAGAUUUGAGAAUUUUGAUAUAGUUAUGAUAACUGUACUAAUAGUAAUAACAAAAAUAAGUUUUGUCCAACUACGUUAAUAAAUUACGUGUAGAUUUGCCAACCUAGGGGAAUUGAGAAGCUGAUGUUUUGAGCAGCUAGCCUGUCAUCAGAGCUAAUCAAAGCUAGAGGAUUAUGCAUUGUGUGUGGUUUUUAUACGGGAUGUCAGAGCUAUGCUAUUGGUCAGCAGGAAUGUGGUAACAUGAAAAACAAGAAUAAAUUUGUUAAAUGAAAGGGACUCAUUGAUUCCAGGGGAGAGUGCCGAUUUGAAAGAAAAAUUUUGCUGUAGAUUUUACCAGCUUUCUGUGUUGCCUUGGUGAAGAGAGUUAUUGCUGUUUGCCAUAUUUUUGCAGGAGUGAAGUACUACAAAAUAAGAUCUCAUGAUUGUUAAAUGCUUUCUCCACUGUCACUGGUGUAACAAGAAGAUUUCAUUUAUCAAGAGCAGAGAACUGCUUAACUAGUUGAUUAAUAGCAUUUUGACUUUUGUUUUAAUGCACUGUGGUUCUCAUCUUUUUCCACAGCCAGAGUUCUGUACAAUGAUCGUUGAUUGUUGUGCCCAGCAGAGAUCAUAUGAAAAAUUCUUUGGCUUGUUAGCACAGGUUAGUUUCUUCUAGAAAGAUUACAACCCACAAAAUGACCAAUACAGCCGAAUCUUAUUGUUUGCUUCCACCUAAGAGAGUCUCUCUCAUGAAAUGCCCCAGUAACUAUGAGCAAUGAGAGACAUCUAUUUUUACAGGCUUGAACAAUAUAGGCUCAAACCAGGUAGAAGCUUCUUGGCCCCAGUGAGUAGUAAUUCUUCCCAAAAAGCAGUUUUCAGUUUAAAAUACAGUGGACUGUCUCUUAACGGACACCUCUAUAAGAUGGACACCUCUGUAAAACGGACACCUAGUGUUGGUCCCUGCCUAUCUUUCCUCCCUCUAUUUGACUCUCUAUAAGACGGACAUCUCUGUAAGACGGACAGCUAGUGCCGGUCCCAAAGGUGUCCAUCUUAGUGAGAGUUGAAUGUACAUGUAGACUGCAAAAUAAUAGUGUUCAUCUCGUGAAUCAUGACCCACAUGUUAUUUUGUUCUAAUAAAACAAUAAUCAGAUGACAUAAAUCACUUCACAUUAUUGAUGAUUUUAAAUUCUACUCUUGCCUUUUGUCACAGAGAUUCUGUCAGCUGAACAAGUCAUACAUGGAGGAAUAUGUCAAGGCAUUUAAUGAUCAAGUGAGUAAAUCCACAACUGAUAAAAAUAUAAUGAUUUGAAGCCUUAAAAUGAAAAAAAUCACCACUAUAGUAUAGACACAAGAAGUAAACAGGGGAGAGUUAAGUUUUUGCAAAGACUUCUGGGACAGGAAAAAAAUUGGCCAAUAGCUGACCGACAUGUCCUUAGUAAUAAUCCCAGAAGUCUUUGCGAAAGUUAACUUGGCUCAGUCUCCUUCAAGUUUCUGAGGUGGCAAAAUUUAAUGAAGAGCAGCUAUGGAAAAGCUUAAUAUUAUUUUAUUGUCAAUAUUCUAGAGAAUGGGAAUUAAGAGCUGCCCAAAACAUGGUUAUUAUCUAAACUGGAAGAACUAUAGGUUGUAUCAACCCCGAUUGCAAAAGAUUGACUGAAUGUUAACCACAAAUUAGAAACUUUUUGCUUCAACGUUUUUGUGUUUAAUAGUGGUAAUUGUGGUCUUCCUUUAGUAUGAUACCAUUCAUCGCCUUGAAACAAACAAGUUGAGGAAUGUUGCCAAGUUUUUUGCCCAUUUGCUGUUCACAGAUGCCAUACCUUGGACGGUAAGUUUACUCAGCUACAGUCCUGGUGAGAUUCAAAUCAUCACUCAGUUAACCACGUCUACUGAAAACUUCUGAAAAAACCACAUUGCUUUUUACUUUGUUGCAUGUCUUGAAACCAAGUGAUGUGUUGUUGUAAAAUGACUUAUUACAAGACAUUUUCUCCAGCUCUUAUAAAAUUUAGUUUAAGGUGAUUUCAAACUUGAAGUAAGGUAUUAAUCGAAAACUCAUUUUUGUGCAGUUGGGCAUAGUCUUGAGGCUUAAUACUUUUUGUUGUUGUAUUUUAGGUUCUUGCUUGUAUCAAAUUAAAUGAAGAUGACACCACUUCCUCGAGGUUUGUUUAACCCUUUCCCAAAACUGCUGUUCGUAGCUCGUCACUGUCUAGCGAAAAGAAGCAAAACUUCCCGAAGUAUUGUUAGCAAGUCAAGUAUUUUUUUGGAUAUUUAUGAGUUCGCCUUAGUUUGACAGGCAAAAUUUCGAGAUUGACCAGCAAAAUCUUUCGCUUUCUUUGCUAGAUGUCUUCUCCUAUGCAUCACCCGGAUUCUGUAAAUAUGUUUACGUGGUUUUUUUUUCUUCUUUUGAAUAUUUUGUGUGGUUUUCUUUCCAGUCGAGUCUUCAUAAAAAUCUUAUUCCAAGAGCUUGCAGAAUACAUGGGUCUUCCUAAACUCAAUGAACGUCUGAAAGAUCCGUAAGUAUUUUGAGUGUUGAAGUUGUGUUUAGUUUAAUCCUACACUUUCCUAUUGGUUAUCCGUGCUAGUACAUCAAUAUGUCAUUAGUAGCUUCUACAUAACAAUAAGAUUCUAGGAAAAGACACACCCACCCCUCUCCUCAGUUUACGUUAACAAUGGCAAAGUGUUAGGUUAGGGGAGGGGUAGGUGUAGUAUUGUAGUCUCUUGGGAUCUUGUUCAUAGCUAGUUGCAUGCUGUUUUUAGAGUGGUUUUCGUUUGAGUGUCGUAAAACCAAAACCAAAGUAAUUACUCUGGCCAAUCACAUAGGACACAGACAAUACAUUGAACCAAUCAAAACUCGAAGUAAUUACAUGUGGCUGACGCAAAGCGCGGGAAAAUGCAUGCAAGCGCGUCACAAUUGGCUUUGGUCUUACUUCUGAUUGGAUGAAAAGGUGGCGCGAAUCUUUUAAGCCAAUCGCAUCGUGUAGAAAGUGCAAAACCAAUUACUUUUCGACACUCAAAUGAAAACCGCUCUAGAGUGAAAACACUUACGAAAAUUACCAUAAGGUAGAUAAUGGACCAGACAGGGAGGUUAAAUGUACGACGACCCGACAGUAGGUGGGCAUUGUGCUUUUGUAGGGAUCUUAGGAUCUUACACCAGACUAAUUAAUUGGAGAAACCUACCAAGACUCUAAAUUACCAGCUCUCUCUUUCAAAGCAAGGUGUAGCUCACCCUUUGCUUCCACAAGGUUUGGUGCGCAGACUGUCUUUGUUUUUGGCAAGAAGCUCAAGGUAUUGGUAUCUUUCUGAUUUACAAUCUACAAUUGAAUGCCUUUCUUGCCUUGACAGAUUCCUUGCUGAGUAUUUUGAAGGAAUCUUUCCUCGCGACAAUCCUCGCAACACGCGUUUUUCGAUCAAUUUCUUCACUUCUAUUGGACUGGGUGGAGUCACGUGAGUAUUGAGCUGUAACUACUUGUAGUCCCUAUACGUUUUUGAAACCAGCCGUGCAUCGCAUCGCUUAAUAAUGAUGAUGAUGAUAUAUUUAUUUAAGUGGUCGUGUCUGGCCUUUCGGGAUUGUGGGCAGUGAUAGAUAGUGAUACGUAGGGCGCUUUCCAUUUGUCAGAUCAUAGCCCUACCAGUCAGUUUGAAAAUGAAAUAAGCUUUUUCCAAUCUCCUUGGUGCAUACUAUUUUUUUUAGGAUUUGACUGAUUUGCCUGGAGAACUUGGAUUAAAAGUGAAAUUCUCAUUAUGGUGAGAAUGGUCUGGCCGUCAGUUAUAACAAAUGGAAAGCACCCUCAGUUCCCCUCUCAGUAGUAAGGCGGCAUAACAAUCCAAGAGAUUAGGCGAUGGCCCAAGUGGGGAGAGGGUAGGGAUAGAUAGAAUAAACAUGAGCCUGUCAAUGACUUUGUGUCAGGCCCUUCCCCUCCCCUCCCCUCCCCUCCCCUCCCCUCGGAGAGAUAUAUUAUUUGCUUUUCCAUUAAGUUGUUUUUGAUGCGAUGGAUUAUUGCAUUUUUUCCUCAACACAAAGGCUAUUUUCUGUAUGAUGUUGUAACAUAGUGACAUUGUUUAUGUUGUGUUCCAGGGAUGAACUAAGAGAGCACUUGAAAAAUGCCCCUAAAAUGAUCAUGGCCCAACAGCGAGCUGCGGCGAGUGACAGUGACUCGGAUUCUUCUGAAGAUAGCAGCGGUGAAGGUGGGUCUGAGCGAGCAAAUUCUUUUGACUGGCUGUUUCUGCUAUCGUGUGAAAGCAAACCCCAUCUUCCGUGAGCGGUUGACGCCAUUUUCAGCGCUGUUAGAAUAAUGUUGGCACUAUUAUUGAAAAUCUCCACAAUCCACAAUUAAGCUAGAGCUCUUUUGCCAGUAUCUCUCAUACUCAUCAAUACACCUUCACUUUGCUCAACGUCUCUGCAACUUACCAUGCUAAAAGGCAUGGUACCACUGUGUGGUAUCGGCUUGAGAGUAGAUUGCUUUUCAAAAAUUAAGCGUCUGUACUUCAGGGAGCUUUUUUUGGUUCAGUUUUUGUGCUAAAAAGUCUAGUCCUCUACUCCGUCUUCCCUCAUUAUCGAGGAGCAGGUACAGAAAACUCAAAAAGAGGAAGCCUGUGCCAGCUGAAUAGAUACUAUUUAUUUAUUUAUUGCAUUAAGAACCCCAAGAGCAUCUGUGUCAAAAACGUUAGGUCCUAUAAGACAGAUUUUACAGAACACACUAUCUCAGACAAAAUUUAGGGGGUGGGGUCGUGGCUCCACCUGUGGGGGUAGUUCUAAGGCACAAUUUACGGUCUGUACGGCUUUUUGUCUUUUUUCUUCUAUGUGUUGGUUAAACUUCCAGUUUUUGCUGCAUUUUGAGAUGCGCCUGAGGUUAAGUAAGGGUAUUACUUGUUGUCUCUGCAGAUAGUUCGAGUUCGGAAGAAUCAUCGGAAUCUUCGGAAUCAUCCGAAGAGUCCUCGGAUGAUGAUCGAAAGAAGAGGUCAGUACUCCUUUGUUCUUCGUAUUUUGUGAUCUAAAAUUCACUCUUAAAUGCAAAACUGGUUGUUAUCCCUAUUUUUCUGCGUUGACGUAGGAGUUAUAAGACGACCUAAGUCUUUUAAAGUUAACUCAAUUCAAUAGACCAGAAUCUGUACUCACUGUUUAACCCCUGGUUCUGGGUCUUUAUCCAAUGUUUGUCAAUAUUAGAUUGGAAAUUAAGUCUUGUUACUUCAGCGAUUCUCAUUAUAGUUAUAAAUAUUACAAUGCAGUGAAUUGUGUUAUUAAGUAUCAUUUGACAGUUUGUAACUCGUUAAUUCCGUUUGUCUUUUUCGUGGCAAAAGUUAUAACUCAGUAACAUAAAACACGUUUCAUUUUUAGGCGUAAAAAGAAGGAAUCGCACAAGAGUAAAGACAAGAGAAAGCCCAAGAAAAAACGGUGAACGUGUUUUAUUCAAAAGAACACUUUCGCCGAAAGAAAACUUGUUGUCAUGUCUUUCCUGCUCACGUGAACAUGCCAUUCAACAGAAAACUUAUCUUUUAUAAUAGGGCCUAGUUGAGCAAAUCUUUAACUUCUGCCCUCAAAUGUUCACGUCUGAUGUUCAGUCCAUUCAGUCAAACUCUUUGUAGCGCCAGACAUUAGUAGUAACGUCUGAGGUUACAAUUUUUGUAAAUUGUCCCUGGAUUGCUACAUCAUGUGAAAUGACAAUGUCCGGAAGAGAAACAGAGUGGGGUGGGGCGGGGUGAGUAAAAGGGUGUGGGUGGCUGCACUUUUCUUUCCCUCUCUGGUACAAUGUUGUUUGCUCCGACGUUAUCAUCAUUUAGAACAAUUAGUAACGCCCUUUAGUUGGACACUCUUCAGUGGCGCUAAAAGACAUCCGCAGAUAAACGGUUUCAAGCAAAUCAUAUCGCCGCAGCUGUUACUCCUAUCUUAAAAUUGUAAAUAAAAUUGAGUGACCUUUUUUAAUUUUCUAGUUAGUGUGCCGACCCGUCCCAAGUACUAUUGCGAACCGUGCGUGACAACGGACAG